UAUGUUGGCUGCCGCUUUAUUGGGGAGCUAAAAAUAUUAGCGGAGCCCCACCAUCAUUACACGCCAUGUGCUCUCUCUUCCCUCGAUCCCCAUCUCCCACCUCCAAUCUCUAACUCCCCAUUGUCCAUCGCAAUCCCAAUCCCUUGUCUUCUCGUUUCUCCCAACCUGAAUCCUUUGUUCUUGGCUAAAAUCCACGAGAAAAAGCGAGCAAAAAGAGGUAUUUUUGAGCAUAAUUUCACCCCUUGGGGCUCCGGAAGAUUCGAUUUAAGGCUGGGACGGUGGCAGGCGGAAACCCUCGCCUUUUUCCGCUUUUGGCUCCCGCUUUUAUCAGAGGGAGGGAGGGACAAAGGCCAAAGAGAGAGAGCGGGAGGAGGGGAAUCCGAUGAUUCGCGGGCCCCCGUUGACCGCCCGCGCCGUUGGAGGCCGUGAAGGGCCCUCGUCGCUCGUCCCGAGAGGUGGAGACGGGAAUCAGUAGAUAGGACGGUAGGUAGGGUUUGAGAGUGAUGGCGGUGGGUGGGGGAGGGGACGAGAUGGAGAAGGAUUUCGAGGCGAAGCUCCGGUUGCAGCAGCAGUCGCCGUCGCCGUCCCAGAAGGUGCAACGCAACAACAGCAUUUCCUUCAGGGCGCCGCAGGAGCAAUUCACCAUCAAUGAUUUCGAGCUUGGCAAGAUCUAUGGCGUCGGUUCCUACUCAAAGGUUGUGAGAGCAAAGAAAAAGGAUUCAGGAAACAUAUAUGCCUUAAAGAUCAUGGACAAGAAAUUCAUCAUGAAAGAGAAUAAAAUAUCUUAUGUAAAGCUGGAGCGUAUUGUACUUGAUCAGUUAGAUCAUCCUGGCAUAGUCAGAUUGUUUUUCACAUUUCAAGAUGCUUACUCCCUUUACAUGGCACUCGAGUCUUGUGAAGGAGGAGAGCUAUUUGACCAAAUUACCAGGAAAAAAUGUCUAUCUGAGGAUGAGGCCCGUUUUUAUGCAGCAGAAGUUAUUGAUGCCUUGGAAUAUUUACAUGGCCUGGGAUUAAUUCAUCGAGAUAUUAAGCCAGAGAACUUAUUGCUCACUUCUGAUGGACACAUUAAAAUUGCUGACUUUGGUAGCGUGAAGCCAACUAAGGACAGUCGAAUCACAGUCCUUCCAAAUUCAACAAAUGAAAAGGCAUGUACUUUUGUGGGAACAGCUGCAUAUGUUCCUCCAGAAGUUCUCAACUCAUCUCCAGCAACCUUUGGAAAUGACCUAUGGGCCCUUGGGUGCACCAUGUAUCAGAUGCUUUCUGGUUCUUCCCCCUUUAAAGAUGCUAGUGAAUGGCUUAUUUUUCAAAGAAUUAUGGCCAGGGAUCUCAAGUUCCCUGAUUAUUUUUCAAAUGAAGCAAGGGACCUUAUUGAUAAGCUGUUGGAUACAGAUCCUAGCAAAAGACCAGGUGCUGCACCUGAUGGUUAUGCUGCCCUCAAGUUGCAUCCUUUCUUCAAGGGUAUCGACUGGAAGAAUUUACGAAAGACUUCGGCACCAAAGCUUGCUGUAGAGCUGAAUGCGGAUGAGGAUGAUGAUACUCAGGACUCUACAUGGAACCUUGCACAUGUUGGAGGUGGUUUGACACAUCAACAUGCCAUCCCUGAUGGGAAUAAUGGUGCCACAUCAUCAUCAUCUGAAACACAUUCUCAUAUGUCUAGGCUUGCUUCAAUUGACUCUUUUGACUCCAGAUG